AUGUCUGUACUUACCGCUAUUGCCCGUGCUGCCCGACCUGCCACCCGCGCCCUCCCUCGCGCGUCGCUUUCGCUCGCUGCUGCCCGGGGCGUGCACUCGCUCCCGCAGCUCGACUAUGCCUAUGACGCCCUGGAGCCGCAUAUCUCGGGCCAGAUCAUGGAACUGCACCACAAGAAGCAUCACCAGGCGUACGUGAACGGCCUGAACGCGGCUGAGGAGUCGUACGCGCAGGCGCCGUCGCCCAAGGACCAGAUCCGGCUGCAGCCCGCGCUCAAGUUCAACGGCGGCGGACACAUCAACCACUCGCUCUUCUGGAAGAACCUUGCGCCUGCGAGCGCGGGCGGAGGCGAGCUCGCCGCGGGGCCGCUCAAGGAUGCGCUGGUGGCGGACUUUGGGAGCGUCGAUGCGUUCAAGAAGAAGAUGAACACGGUGACGGGCGCCAUCCAGGGCUCCGGCUGGGGUUGGCUUGGAUACAGCACGGAGACGAAGAAGUUGGAGGUGGUGACGACGGCGAACCAGGACCCGCUCCUGACCCACGUCCCGAUUAUUGGCAUCGACAUCUGGGAGCACGCGUUCUACCUCCAGUACCACAACGUCAAGGCCGACUACCUGACCGCGAUCUGGAACGUUGUCAACUUCAAGGAGGCUGAGCGGCGGUUCGUCGAGGCUAGCAAGCUCUGA